AUGAGACCAGAAGAGGCAAACCAGGUUCUGAGGAUUCAUAAACGUGCCAACCACUUCUUGGAGGAAAUUCUCUCCGGAGAUCUGGAAAGAGAAUGCAUUGAAGAAAAGUGUUCUUUUGAGGAGGCAAAAGAGAUUUUCAAAUCACAGGAGAAAACAAUGGAAUUUUGGUUUGAUUACAAAGAUUUAAACCCCUGCAAAGAGAAUCCCUGUAAGAAUGGUGGAGUCUGCAAAGUUAGGUUUUACCAACGUUCCUGCAUUUGUCUUCCUGGAUUUGCCGGGAAUGAGUGUGAAAUAGAGAAGUCAGAAUGCUGGCACAAGAAUGGCGCCUGUGGGCAAUACUGCCAAGAUAAUGAACGGUCUCUUCAUGUGACCUGCUCCUGUGCUUUGGGUUAUACACUAAAUGAAGAUGGGAAGCAGUGUAUACCUACAGAUCAUUUUCCAUGUGGGUUGGUUAAAGUAUCUACACGCUCUUAUGAAGAAGGAUCUGAAGAAGAACCUUUUGGGCACAACCAAACUAAUGCUUGGGCUAGGGAUGGGAUGAACCAAACAUUGUCUCAGGAGAACUUGUCCAGUUGGAACCAGACAUUAGUUCAGGCCUUGGUAGAAUGGAACCAGACUACAACAGAGGAAGAGAAUGAGGAAGACGGUGUUAAAGAGACUGAAAGGAACCUCACAGAAGCGGAUCUUCACACAUGGCUAAACAUAAAUUACACUGAUGAAGAUGAUGAUUCAAGGAUAAUUGGUGGCUCCUUCUGUCGCCCAGGAGACUGUCCCUGGCAGGUACUGAUCCAAAAUAAGAGAGGUUAUGGCUAUUGUGGAGGCAGCUUAAUCGGCAGUCAAUGGGUACUCACUGCAGCACAUUGCCUUGAUACUGUUGCCCCAUAUCAGGUUACUGUUGGAGACUUUGACAAGCACCAGCGAGAAAAAAAUGAACAAAAAGUUAGAGUGCGUCAAUUCUGGCAGCACUCCCAGUAUGACCCAGAAAACUUCAACAAUGACAUUGCUUUGAUUCAGCUGACCAGCCCUGUUGUUUUCAGCCAGCAUGUACUGUCGAUUUGUCUUCCCAACCCGAACCUGUCUACUUUACUGACAGAAAAAGGGACAGUAGGAACAGUGAGUGGAUGGGGCAGUACUCAUGUCAAGGGGCGGUCAACCCGCUUUCUCCUGAGAGUCAAGCUGCCUGUGGUGAGCAUGGAUACUUGCGAACAAUCCACAGAAAAACUCAUUACUGACAACAUGUUCUGUGCAGGUUAUCCUGAAGCAACUCAAGAUUCUUGUAAAGGUGACAGUGGGGGACCUUUUGCUGUACUUUAUCGCAAUACUUGGUUUCUCCUGGGAAUUGUCAGCUGGGGGGAAGGUUGUGCUACAGCAGGAAAAUAUGGGGCUUACACCCGUGUGUCCAAUUACAUUUCAUGGAUAAAAGAAAUUACUGAAAGUGUGACUGAUUCUGGAGGAUUUUUACAUGGGUUGAAAUGA